CUGCGAAGAUCAGAACCAGACACCAUGGCGAAGGGAAAGUGGAUCGACAAGAAGAAUGCGCAGCAUUUCACCCUCGUCCAUCGUCCGCAAAAUGACCCGCUCAUCCACGAUGAAAAUGCGCCAUCGAUGGUGCUCAACCCGGUUCCUCAGCGCGCAGGAGACAAGGGAAAGCACCUGAGCGAUCUUGCCUCCGACCUGGGCUCCGACGCCGCCAGCAUCCGAGACAACGAAGGCGAAGCCGCAGAGUACGGCAUCUACUACGACGACACCGAGUAUGACUACAUGCAGCAUAUGCGCGACCUCAACCAGGGCGGCGGCGAGGCCGUCUGGGUUGAGGCUUCGGCCGCUGCGAACAAGGGCAAGGGAAAGCAGCAGCAAUCCCUCGAAGAUGCCUUGCGCCAAAUGGACCUGGAACACCAGAGCGAAGCCAUCUUGGAUGCGUCCGUGCUGCCGUCCAAGAACCUGCAGCGCUCGAACUACCAGACUCAGCAAGACAUCCCCGAUGCAAUUGCUGGAUUCCAACCAGACAUGGAUCCCCGUUUGCGCGAGGUUUUGGAGGCGUUGGAGGACGAGGCUUACGUCGACGACGAGGAUGACGACAUUUUCCAGCAACUGUCCAAGGACUCUCGCGAGAUCGACGAGUACGAGUUCGAAGAACAAUACGACCAAUUCGAGGACGAAGAUGAUGGAUGGGAAUCGGACGCUACGGCCAAGCCGAGUAAGGAGUACAAAAGCGGCGGCGCGCCUCAACUCGUCCCUGUUGCGCCGGUUGACGGAGAAGCGCUGCCAGAGCACCAGAACGAAGACUGGCUUGAGGACUUCAAGCAGUUCAAGAAGGACCAGAAGGGUGGAGCCCCCCAAGCAAAGGCAGCGCCCUCGGAGCUGCAAUCAUCCAUCUGGACCACAACAACAAUGGGAGGCCGCAAGAAGAAGAGGAAGGGCGCUCUCACCAACCCUUCGACAUACUCCAUGACCUCGUCGUCUAUGGUUAGGACAGAACAGCUCACUCUCCUGGACGCCAGAUUCGACAGGAUUGAAGAGGAGUACACAAGCGAAAUGGGCGAUGAUAUGGCCUCCAUGUCGGAGGUGUCAACGGCAUCGAGCGUGACCGGCCCAACCAGAGGUGACUUUGACAGCAUCAUGGAUGACUUCUUGGGCAGCUACACCAAACCAGGAAAGAGGACGAAUAAGAAGAACAAGGCGCAGACUGGCCUGGAGCAGUUGGACGAGAUCAGAAAAGGACUUGGCCCAGCUCGUAUUAGGUCGAAGGGACGUGUCUGA